GCCCCAGCACCAGGGCCUGCUCCCAGUCUUUCAGAGACUUCGCAAAGGAUUGAUGGAAGGGUGACUGAUCUUGACAAGAAGAUUGCCAAGUGUGAUGAGGACCUCAGGAGAUAUGUUGGUGGAAGAGCUUCAGCACAGCAAAAGCAGUUGGCUUUGCAGUGCAUGAAGAGGAAGAAGAUGUACGAGCAGCAGCGAGAUCAAAUCCUGGGAACGCAGUUCAAUGUCGACUCACUGGCCGGCGCGCAGGAGCAGGCGGAGAUCAACAUCAUGACAGUCGAAGCAAUGAAAGUGGGCCAUCAAGACCUGAAGGAACGAUACCAGCAAAUUGGUGGUGUCAUGGACAUUGAAAAGCUGAUGGACAACAUGGCAGAUCUUAACGACGAGAUUGCCGACAUCAACGAGGCCAUCUCCACGACGUAUGCGGUCCCGGACGGCUUCGAUGAG